UUUUGGCUCCCUGCAUCUUGAUGGUUUUUCUCUUCUUUCUCCGUUAAUGGGAUUGGGAAUAACAAAAUCAAUAACUGAUAUAUACAGAAACUAAAAGCAUUGAAUAUGAAUUGUGUAAUUGUGGUUAUAUUUAGUCCUGGUCUACAUAAGUUAGCUUUUAUAAGACCUACCAAAGACCCAACAUGGAAUAGGAUUCAUGUGGAUCACUUGAUUAAUUUUGAUGACGUUUUAUAUUAUGACAACCGAUUUUACGCCAUAGAUAAUUUUUGCAGACUUGUGUCUUUUGAUACUUCAGAUCCAUGCAAUUUAAACAUAAAGUUGGUUGUGGGCAAGACUUUUAGAACUAAUUCCUCUAACAAGUUGUAUCUUGUACAAUCAUACAAGGGAGAGUUUUUGCGAGUUGAAAGAGAAUUUAAAUAUUGGAUUUUGACAAGCCCAGAGCCAAGGUGGAUUGAGAUAAAUAAUUUAGGUGAUGGUGCUUUGUUCUUAGGUGACAACUCUUCAAUCUCUGUGUUGGCCUCCCACUUUGUUGGAUGCAAGGCAAAUUGCAUAUAUUUCACCCAUGACGACGGAGCAAUUAAUUUGCGACGUUCUUGUGAUAUGGGCGUGUACGAUUAUGAAGCCGAAAGGUAUAUGUUGCAUUAUAGUAUGGAUUCGGCACCAGUAUCCAACAUUACUGCACAACCACCGAUAUGGGUUGUACCUGCCCUUGAUUUGUUUUAA